CUGCCUGAUUGACAGCCUAUAUCCAUAGAAACAGAGCAGGCAGAGACACUCCAUCGAGAAGCCUGGCGGGUGACGAGCGUCUGCCAUAUACGGCGCUGGGGAUAAUGCAAUAGAGGAUUUUUCCAUGCAUGUGAGAUCAUUCAGUCCCCUUAUUCUAGCAGAAGGGUGAUGAGGAUCUGGAGGGGGAGACUAUUACCCCUGCUCACGUGUUGCAGUGUGCUCUGAGCAUCCUGCCAGAAGGGGGUCCACAGCCCAGCACUGACUGAUCAGGCAUCUGGUAGCCUUUUGCUGGUUGUAUUUUUCUACAUGCUUCCUACAUUGUAACUAUUUGGAUCCUGUGUGUUGCCUCCUGGUGGCUGAGGAUCCCCUGUGAUCUGUUGGAUUUCUUCAUUCUCUUGGGGGUGGGUGUUGGAAAGUUCACAUUGCCCUGUGAGGGUCAGAGACUUCUAGGACCCAACGUAUUAGAGACUUCUCACUCCCAACUUUCAUCCAAGCUGAGAAACUACUAGUAACCUUGUUGAUAGAUGAUAACACUGCAUAAGGAUAUAGCACGAACAUAUUCCAUAGCACUGUUCACAGAUUAUAACCCUUCACCUCAGUGACUGUUCCCGCAGUCUAGGCUCCCUGUCUGUGGCCAGUGGUGGAACAGUGAAUAGGAGCUACCAAAAUAGCUUAGCCCGCUUGGCUUUUUCCAUAACCUCAACCAACUGUGGCUGCAACAUACAUCACUAAAUCCGCAAAGCUGUAUCCGACUGGGGGAUCUCUGGAUUUUUCCCACAUUAUGAUGCAAGGGGAUGGACGGCGGAGAAGAAAUGAAAAUUACUUUGAUGAUAUCCCAAGAUCAAAGCUUGAAAGACAGAUGGCUCAGAGUAAAUAUGAUUUUCAGACAGGAGAUUGGGGAGACCAACCUUCUAUCAGCCUGCGAGCCCCCAAUGAAACCACGGGCUCUAUACCCUUUCAGUACUGGCAGCAUCAUCCAGAAAAGCUCAUCUUCCAAGCGUGUGAUUACAAAGCAUAUAGCAUGCCAUUUGGGGGAAAGUAUGGACCCAUAUUAAAACCCGUUGCUCACCCCCAGUGUUCCUGGUCUGAGAUGAUAAAGUAUUUAGGAUCCAUGCUGAUCAAGGAAUUGCGAGGAACAGAGUCAACACAAGAUGCCUGCUCAAAAAUGAGGAAAUCAACAGAACAAAUGAAGAAAGUUCCAACAAUUAUUCUGUCAGUUUCUUAUAAAGGAGUGAAGUUUAUGGAUGCUGCUAAUAAGACGAUCAUCGCUGAACAUGAAAUCCGCAAUAUAUCAUGUGCUGCCCAGGAUCCUGAAGACCUCUCUACCUUUGCAUAUAUCACAAAAGACUUGAAAUCUAACCUCCAUUAUUGUCAUGUUUUCACAGCGUUUGAUGUGAAUUUAGCAUAUGAGAUCAUAUUGACACUAGGACAGGCAUUUGAAGUUGCAUAUCAGUUGGCACUACAGGCCAGGAAAGGUGGACAUUCUUCAACGCUUCCAGAGAGUUUUGACAGCAAGCCCUCCAAACCUAUCCCAAAACCUAGAGUCAGCAUUCGAAAGGCAACAAUAGAUCAGCCUGAUCAAAAGACUCUUGCCAAUCUGCCUUGGAUCGUUGAACCAGGGCAAGAAACAAAAAGGGGAAUUAGCACCAAGUAUGAAACCACAAUAUUCUAAUAUUGACUCGUCCCAUCUACUUGGUGUGCCUUCGUACACUCUCCUCCAUGAGUCCAUCACUCAAGCCUCGGUCGCCUCUUUACUACAGAAGAAACAGUUGUUGACACAGACUGUACAGCAACAAGGGAUGGUUCUUUUCACUAACAAUACAAUACUGCCAAGAAAAUGAAUCCUCUAUUUUUGAUGAUUUUUUCUUGUAAUCUCUAUCACAGUGUUUCUUUUUGUUUUAACUCUGGAUUUUAUCAGGAAAGAGAAAUCUUCAUGUAAAAUUAGUUCUAAUUGUUUCAUUAUGCAGUUGAUUUGUGGCAGUGAUAUAAUCAACACCCUCUUGAAGCUGUAAUUGAACAACAAACAAUUAGAUUGACCUAUUACAAUAAAUAUCAAUAAUAAUAAGAUAAAUAUGGAACUUUAAGAGCUGCCAAGAAAUCGAGUACUUUAUAUGCACAAGUGCAUCUUUAUAUCCAAUUAUUAUAUGUGAUUUCAUUACAGAAAUAGUAUUUCUGAAGGAACUGGCUUUGCUUCAAUGUAAAGAGUACUUUGUAUAAUAUUUUAUAGGCUAUUAAAGUUGGAGCCUUGUUACUAAAUUGUAAAAAAAAAAUUAUAUUACUGUAUCCAUAAAGAAUAUAAAAUUGUCAGUAAAAUGACACAAAAAGA